GACGAACCCUUCUCUUUCUCCUAUACGUCUCUAGUUUUCAUCAUAUCCUUCAUAAAAGCUUCUGGAUUUCUUCAUGAAGUGGCCGAAUUUCCCCACGGAGGUUGAACUAGUGUGCAAUUUUGACAAGAUCCUCUUCCUAACAAGGUAAUGAUGAAUCUCUGUUUCUCUGCUUCACCUUUUUUUUUUUUUUUUGCAUGUCGUAGAUUCUUUAUGCCUUUAUUGAUCUGAAAUCUUGUUUCCCAUCCUUUUCUUCUCUUCGAUGAAAGCCCUAAGAGAUGGCUGAUCCUUAUCCAACCAACGGAGUGCAGUCGUACCAUGACUUGUGGUACAACUUCCAAGACAGUUUCAUGGAGUUUAAUGCUUGGUCAGCAAGAUGAGAGUCCAAGAAACAGAAAGAUUUAGUCUUGCUUGAGGCUUUCAAAGGAGGUGAUGUUGGUUUGGCAUGGUUCCCUUCACCACACGAUGAGUGCGCGAGGCUUGAAAGGUAAGAUUUGAUGCCGGUGCCGAUUCAUUUUGCCUUCUCAUCUGACAAGACGAAAGAUUGGUCUGGCUGGGCUAAGGAGAUACUCAUUGAUAAUGGUAUUGUGGAGAUAUUGCAUGCUGCCGAGGUCUUUAAGCUAGUCGCUUUGAGCCAAACCUUGCAAAUCAAUGGCAAUGUGGAAUGCCUCCGUUGCUUGGUACGAAGAUGGUGCACGAGCACUCACACUUUCAUCCUUGCUUUUGGAGAAGUCACUAUGACUUUGGAAGAUAAGGUGAUGAGGACGAUCGCCAAUGCUUCUUCUCGUUCAUGGAGAGGGGAAUACAACAUUGAUUUUCCAACUUGGAUGCGGUAUUUUUGGACUGGCGAAGGUGAAAAUACUGCAUAUGUGCGCGUGGCUUUCCUCACAACCUGGCUGAGCAAGUUUGUUUUUGGGGGCUUCCCGAAUCAUGUGAUCAUGGCUGAGUGCAUUCCUCUAGCAAUAAGGUUGGCUGAAGGUGUGAGGUUCCCCUUGGCUCCAUUGAUGUUAGGAAAGAGAAAAAUAAAGAGGCAGAUCGUCCCAAAUGUAGAUGGUUUUCUUGAUGACUAUGGCAACUUCAAUUUCCAUGCAUACAAGGUGAUGCUUGGGACAUUCACUCCACCCGAAUUUGGUUAUGAUCACGAUAUUCCUUCGGCUCCUUCUUCAGACAAAACAAAUUGGAAUAAGUCCAUGCGGCCUUACAUUAAUGAGGCUGCUUCCAACAUGUGGAGCGAAGGUGUUGCCACGUUGAGGUUCUUCAGCACUACCAAAAUGUCGACCAUGUCACCGUUGAUGUUGGAAUAUUGGGCUACACUACUGAAGAGGGAAGACGAUGGACAGUGGGUACCCAUUUGUCUUCCCAUACUUGGCUUGGUAGAAGAGGAGUAUAGUGCUACUAAAAGAGAACCCAGACAAGAAGCAACUGACGAUGCUGGAAUUAGAGUGCUACAGAAAUAUUUUUGUACUGUUCUUAUGACAAUUGCAAAAGAAGCUGAUGAAGCUGCUCCUUUAAGAAAGUCAGCAAUGGGUAAGAGAAAAAGCAUUGCUCAACCACCCAAAAGUAAGGCACGUAGAACUUCUGCUUCGCUAGCCAACAAGCAAAGCAAGGCCAAAGCACCCACACCUUCCAAGACAAGAACUACCAAGGGCAGAGGGGCAGUUGAUGGCACUUCUAGUGAGGGUUUUGGUCCAGUUUCUAUUCCUGGGGAUGACGAAAUCCCCUCCAAAUCUAAAGAGGCCAAAAGGGUAGAAACUUUGGCAGUGAACAUGGAGGAGACUUUGGCUAAUCCCGACGUUCGCCAAAAAAUUUUGGUUAGGGAAAUAGGUGAGCCUCCACUCCCUGGCGAGAUACUUAAUUUUGUCGACUCUAUCAUUGAUUGGAGUGAUCCUACAUCCUUCACAAUCGAGUCGAUGAAGAAGGCUAAAGCUAAUGAAACCAAGGGAGGUGUGAGGGUGUCAUAUGGCACCUCAAGCAUGACGAAGAAGCCUGGAGCAACGAAGACUCAACUUGAAACAUCAAUAUCGAAGCCACAUCCCAUCAGCGAGCUACCUCCUUUUCGAGCUGGUGUUGAGAAAGGGAAGGUCACCGAGGUGAUCAGUUUUGACUCUAGCGAUGAUAGCAGUGAAGGAUCAAGUACUAGCGAUGCCUCGUCUGGGAGCAAGGUGGUUGCUAACAAGCCAUCCGGGAGCUUAGAGAAGAAAAUUACUAAUACUAUUGAGAUGAAGUGUAGUGACCAGCCAUCUCCAACUCCUGCUAAGCCAAGUGGGGCUGUUGACCGACUAUCUCCAUCUCCUAUUAAGUCGAGUGAAGCCAAUGACUUUGCUGUGAGGCUACUCAAGAAUCUGGAAGAGAUGAACGAGGAUAGAGAUAUGUCAUUGGCUCAGUUUGGCUUAGCUGUUAAUGUGACACCUCUUAUUUAACUAACGGAAGGAUCGUUUUGGUACUGAAAAUGAAAGUUUAAGGAUAAAUUUGGUACUUUUUA